AUGGCUGAGGAAAUGCGCAUGGAAAACCGGGUGCGGGAGGAUAUGGAGCCAGAAGUGCCCAGAUACUGGAGUGUCAAGGCGUGGCUCUCUGCUCUCCUGGAUGAAUUCCACAAACUGAGCGAUACGUUUUUGUGGCCAUCUAAGCUACUUGCAUUUUUCUACGCCCUCUUAGAAGGAAUUUCCCUUCUUGCAGCACUGGCACUUCGAACCAAACACCUUGGGGGGUGGUACCUUUGCCUCGCCGUUUUGGUUUUUCUUCUUUACCCCCUUUUGUCAAACAAGCACCUACUCUGGAUUGCUCUCACUCUUACGAGCUCGGCAGUCAUCUACAUUGGACUCAAGGUUGUGAAGUACGUAAGAACCUAUCUUAAAAGAUGGUACUUGAACUUCGCAAUCAUUACUGCGGUAUCUUCCGCUCUGGCCGCUCACAUCUUCACACCGUACCUUGUAUUCGGAGACAAAGUGUUUUUCGGAUUUACUUGCGCUAUCCUUGUUACACCGCUGGUCCACUUUUGGGUGGUAAUUUCCAAGGAUAUCUUACGGUUUGUUCGAAAUACUGCCGCAAAUAUCUUUCGGUUGUCUAGACAACUUGCCAGAUUCGCAUGGGGUCUACUAGGGGAUCUGAGCAGGAUCAUCUGCAAGGUCCAUACUGGCCUACUGGGACUCGGUUUCAUCCUCUUUUUCUCGCUGGCAGUGUGGUAUUAUAUCUUUCAGUACUUUUACAGCGAAAAGUAUCCCCUUUUCACAUACAUCGGACGAUUUCUUUACGAAUACACCAGGGUCGCGCGCUUUACUUACCGGCAAAUCAAGUUCACGAGCAAAUUAGCUUGGACCUCUGAGAGAACGAUUGAGAGAGUGGUAUCUUACAAUGUUUGGAAGUGGAGAUCUUGGAUGGAGAACUAUUAA